AGGGCUAGGGAUGCCUCUGGAGUCAUGAGACCUGCAACUCCUGAGAUCUACUUGGCCAAAGGUGACAUUUAGCCCUCUGAGCUGCUGCAGGCUUUCACAAAAGAUAUCAGAGAAAACAGCCACGAUUGUGAUUAGAGGAGGGGACGUGUCCUCAGAGGUCACCUCUGCCAUGGGACCUCACAGAGGAAACAAUGGGCCCUUGGAAGAGCCUUGCCAAACUUUACAGAGUGGAGCUACUGUGGAGCCUGAGAGCCACCUCCUGGUUAGGUCCAGCAGGAGAGGCAAAGACCGCUUUGGAUGGUGGACUUCUGGUGGCCCUCAUCAGGAUCCAGUCAGUCCUGACCGAUGUUCACAGGCCUUGGGGCUAACUCACUAGGCAGACACAGACCCUUAGCUGUGGAGGCGGUUGCAGGCUGCCGUCACAGAGCUUGGGAGUUGUAUAGGCCCAACCCUACACCUUAAAUCUCUGUACAGUGUUUUCUCGGAAACUGAAGCCCAGAGGAGGGCCCUCCCUCUGCCAGGAGGCAGCAAUAGAUCUUGACCUCUUGUCCCUAAAUUCAGGGCCCUCCCCUCAAGCAAGCCCGUCCCACAGCUCCUCUGUCUCCACCCACUCUUCCUGCAUGGCCUCCCCUCAAAGAGCCUUCUGGCCCUGCUCUUGGUCGAGAAGCUAGUCCAAACAGGCCUCUCCCACAUUUCCUGGCUGCUCUCCAGCCUGCAGAAGCCGAGACAACCUUAACUUCAGGGACCGUGAGGGCCGAGCAGAGGCUGCUAAGGGAGCCACCGAGUGAGGGGGACCCUCCGGCUUCACGAUGUUAGGCCCUCUGGGGAGCACAGCCCUUGUGAGCUGGAUGGCCGGCACUGUGGUGGCCAUCUUGCUGCUGCUGCUGCUGCUGGCCAUGUGUCUUUUCCACAGAUCACAGGAACAUGACGUGGAGAGAAACCGAGUCCGGCAAACCCGGCCUCGACUCUUCCAUGGCCGGCGCCGGGGUCUCCUGGGAGCCUUUCACCAUCACCAUCAUCCCCGUGGCCACGCGUCUGGGGUGACCAGUGCAGGCUUUCACCACCACCACCACCCUCUCCAUCACCAGCGCCUCCACUCUCCUCAUCGCCACCACCACCACCACCACGCUCACGGAGCCCGCCGCUGACGCCAAUGGAUGGCACCUACCUGGCCCUGCCCUCCACCCCACACCAAAAUGAGUGGACCCUGAUGUUUCCAGAGAAGAGGAUGUGUCUCUGGGGUGAAUGGGGUGCUGGGACCCGAGUCCUGUUUGGGUUUCACUUGUGUAUGAGCCCUUUGCCCACUGAACAACAGAGACCUGGGAACCACUUGGGUAGCUCUUACAGUGCAGGACUUGCGUUUGGAACUGGGCUGCUGACUGGACAUCCUAGCUUGUGACUGCAGUUCCUGAUGACCCCAGGUGUAUCAGGGGUGUCUGUUAGAACCAGUGUCCCGGUGGAUAUGAGGUUCUCAUCUGACUGGGGAAGCCUGUGAUGUCCUCCCAGGGGCAGACUGUGUAUGGGGCAGGCGGCCCAUUCAUUGUUGCUUGUCUAUAACAAAUAAAAGCCACCAGAAAGCA